ACGUUAAUCAGAAAUUCGUUGGAUUAUUAUUUGUGUGUUUUAUGGGAAAAUUAUUCUUUUAGUCUCCCCAGCUUUUUUACAACCGCGUCUCCCUCUCUCUAGCUUUCUCUCUCUUCCUCACUUUCUCUCUCCUAGGGUUUCAAAGCCGCCGUUUUUGGGGGUUUCCUCUGUCUUUCGAUCGUUGAGUACGGUGACUGAUUACUCUCUGUCACUUUCUCUCUCUUCAAUCCCCUUCAAAUCUCAGAUAUAUUAUGGUGAUGGAAAUCACCCAACUACUUUUGAGUGCUCAAUCAGUUGAUGGGCAAGUUCGGAAGCAUGCUGAAGAUAGUCUCAAACAAUUUCAGGAUCAGAACCUCCCUAAUUUCUAUCUAUCUCUUGCUGGAGAGCUAGCCAGUGAAGAGAAGCCAGCUGACUCUCGGAAACUAGCAGGGCUUAUUCUUAAAAAUGAGUUAGACGCUAAGGAACAACAUAGGAAGUUUGAGCUUGUACAGAAAUGGGUGUCCCUAGAUGCGGGAUUGAAGAAUCAGAUUAAGACAUUCUUGUUGCAGUCCCUAACAUCGCCUGUGCACGAUGCCCGUUCAACUGCAUCUCAGGUGGUUGCCAAGGUUGCAGGCAUUGAAUUACCCCAAAAAGAAUGGCCGGAGCUGAUAGGAUCAUUGUUGGGAAAUAUUCACCAACUUCCACCACAUGUCAAACAAGCAACCUUGGAAACCCUUGGAUAUUUAUGCGAGGAGGUCUCUCCCGAUGUUGUAGAUCAGGAUCAUGUGAAUAAAAUACUCACUGCUGUUGUUCAAGGUAUGAAUGCAAAUGAAACAAAUAAUGAAGUUAGGCUUGCCGCUACGCAUGCAUUAUAUAAUGCUUUGGGCUUUGCUCAUGCUAAUUUUAACAAUGAUAUGGAGAGAGAUUAUAUCAUGAGGGUUGUCUGUGAGGCGACAAUGUCACCUGAUCUGAAAAUACGGCAGGCGGCUUUUGAAUGUUUGGUUGCUAUUUCUUCCACAUACUAUGAGAAGCUGGCUCCCUACAUUCAGGACAUCUUCUCUAUUACUGCAAAGGCAGUGAGGGAGGAUGAAGAGCCGGUUGCUCUUCAAGCCGUUGAGUUUUGGAGCUCUAUAUGUGAUGAGGAGAUUGAUAUUCUUGAAGAAUAUGGAGGAGAUUUCACGGGUGACUCUGAAAUUCCUUGCUUUUAUUUUAUUAAGCAGGCUCUUCCUGCUUUGGUUCCCAUGUUGCUGGAGACACUCCUCAAGCAAGAGGAUGAGCAAGAUCAAGAUGAGGGAGCUUGGAAUAUUGCUAUGGCUGGGGGAACUUGCCUUGGGCUUGUUGCAAGAACAGUUGGAGAUGAUAUUGUGCCUCUUGUGAUGCCAUUUAUUGAGGAAAACAUCACAAAGCCUGAUUGGAGGCAGCGAGAGGCUGCCACCUAUGCCUUUGGAUCAAUUUUGGAGGGUCCUUCCCCUGACAAGUUGACAGCAAUUGUCAAUGUUGCUUUGAAUUUCAUGCUCACUGCACUGACAAAAGAUCCUAACAGUCAUGUCAAGGACACAACAGCUUGGACUCUUGGUCGAAUUUUCGAAUUUCUUCAUGGGUCAGCUAUGGAAACCCCAAUCAUCACGCCUGCGAAUUGCCAACAGAUUGUUACAGUUCUAUUGCAAGCCAUGAAGGACACACCUAAUGUUGCCGAAAAAGCCUGUGGUGCUCUCUAUUUCCUGGCCCAAGGUUAUGAAGAUGUUGCCUCUUCGUCACCCUUGACUCCAUACUUCCAGGAGAUUGUUCAGUGCCUUCUUACUGUUACUCACAGAGAAGAUGCUGGGGAGGCACGAUUGCGGACUGCUGCGUAUGAAACUCUGAAUGAAGUUGUCAGGUGCUCAACUGAUGAAACUGCUCCAUUGGUUUUGCAGCUAGUUCCUGUCAUUAUGAUGGAGCUUCAUAAAACACUUGAAUCACACAAUCUGUCACCAGAUGGGAAACAAGGAGAACUGCAAGGUCUCUUGUGUGGAUGCCUUCAGGUUAUCAUUCAAAAGCUGGGCUCAUCAGAACCAACAAGAGCGGUGCUUUUGCAGUAUGCUGAUCAAAUCAUGCAACUCUUCUUAGGAGUGUUUGCUUGUCGAAGUGCCACAGUACACGAAGAGGCUAUGCUAGGAAUUGGGGCUCUUGCCUAUGUCACAGGUCCGGAUUUUGCUAAAUACAUGAAUGAGUUCUAUAAGUAUUUGGAAAUGGGUCUUCAAAACUUUGGAGAAUACCAAGUUUGCGCUGUCACAGUUGGAGUGGUUGGAGAUUUAUGCAGGGCAUUGGAGGAUAAGAUUUUGCCUUAUUGUGAUGGGAUUAUGACACAACUCCUUAAGGACUUGUCAAGCAAUCAACUUCACCGAUCCGUGAAGCCCCCAAUUUUCUCAUGCUUUGGGGACAUAGCUCUUGCAAUAGGAGAGAACUUUGAAAAAUAUUUGAUGUAUGGCAUGCCAAUGCUUCAGAGUGCAGCAGACUUGUCUGCUCACACAGCUGGUGCUGAUGACGAAAUUCUCGAGUACACAAAUCUUUUGCGAAAUGGAAUUUUGGAAGCUUAUUCAGGGAUUCUUCAAGGCUUCAAGAACACUUCAAAAACUCAGCUCCUGCUGCCCCAUGCUCGACAUAUCCUUUCCUUCAUUGACAGCAUAUACCAAGAGAAAGACAUGGAUGAUGCUGUUAUGAAAACUGCCAUUGGAGUGCUUGGUGACCUUGCAGAUACACUUGCAAGUAGUGCAGGUUCUUUGAUUCAGCAGUUCCCAACAUGCAGGGAGUUGCUUGAUGAAUGCUUAUCGUCCGAUGAUCAUUCAAUUAAACAAUCUGCUGAAUGGGCCAAGUUGGCAGUUAGUCGAGUGAUUUCCAUUUGAGGAUUGGUUGGUCCCCCCUUUUUGGUAUAUUCUUUUCCUUUUAGAAGUCCCUGCAUGCAUUGGGUGUGUCGAGUUGGGUCCGGGGUUUCGGGGUUGCAUACACAAGUGUCGGGUCGUCACCAGUCGGACAACUGAAGUUGUCAGCCUUCAUGUUGUCGCUAACUCUUGCAUCAGCACCAUGGGUCGGGUCAUUAAGGAGGUUAUGGAUAGUCGGAAACAUUUCACGGGCCUCCGCUUGAAAGUUUUAACCAAUCAAGCUCAGCGUUGAAGGAUGAGUAUGGGAGAGACAGGUAUGUCUGUCUUUUGAGUCUGAAAUGUCAAAACUGAUCAAAAUUCACGCCGAAAAGGCGGUCCCGGGUUUCCGGUCCAUGAUCCCCAAUACUAAUUUUGGAAAAAAGGAUUAUCCCUUGUUUGCCCUUGUUGGUUCCCGUCGUCUCCCAAUAGAACAAUAUGUCUCUGGAAGUCGAAGAUAAUUACACAGCAGAAGGUCAAAUGCAGGUUUGAAGACCACCAGUGGUUUAACCUAGAGUUUCCUCCUUUCUUUACCAACUUCUUUUCUGUUACAAUUUUUUCCUCCCCCAUUUUUUCUUUUAACUCAUAUUUGGUCUUUUUUUUAUUUUGGGUUUUGAGUCCUGCAUUAUUAUUUUUAGUCCAGUCAACAGUUGUGUUGCAUUUGUCUCAUCAUAUUUUGCCCUUUUUUCUGUAUACUCUUCAUAUGGUCAAUUUUAUCACCCACAUACGAUGAAAGCAUCACAUUUUUAUUAUUAUGCAUUAUUAUUUUAAUGAUAUAUUUUGGGUUCGGUGUUUAGGAAAUUCGUUUUGAUCGAUUGUUCUCAUUCAUGAACAAGCAUGUAUGCAAGUACUUUGAUUUUGCAGUGGAGUACAGGAAUUUUUCUAGUUAAAUUAUUUCCAGAUUUUGUUUUCUUUAAAGGCGAUACAUGUGGGCUUUCUAUCAUGUUAUAAACAUAUUGUGGAAAACAGGGUCUUUAAUAUUGUACCCUGAAUUUUUCUCUCCAAGUUGUAUGUUGUUUAAAUGCUUGCGAGAUUGAACAAAGAAAUUUUGAUGUUUCGAUA